AUGAAAUCAAAAAGUAACACGAAAUCAAAUUCAAGUAAACCUGAAGAGAAAAGCAACAUUAAAAAAUCAACCACAGGUAAUAAUAAUCAUUCAGUUGAUGAGGAUUGGUCAAUAAUAUCAUCAUCAUCUGAUUUCGAUGAUGAAAGAUCUACAACUAGUUCAACUGAUCAACAAUAUAAAAAUAAUUUUGAUCCAAUUCAAGAAGGCGAAGAUAAUGAAGGAAUUAACCACUCUAAAAAUUUGACAGAUUCAUUUGAUCAAUCAAUUUUGAAAGUACCUAAAUUGAUUGCGGGACAAAAAGAUCAUCAAUUUAUAAAACAAAGUUCAAUAUCUUCAUCACCUAGAAUUAACUCCGUGUCAAGUAUUUCCGAUUCUAUAACAAGUUCAAAUUCAAAUUCAGCUUCGGCUCUUAAUGAAGAAUUGUCAAAUUCAAUUAAUGUUGGAUCAAAAAUUAAAUUUUUUGAAAAUUUAAAUAAUUUUAAUGAAUCAAUUAAACAAAAAUCAAAUGAAUUUUAUUCAAAUUUUGCUAAAAUUAAAAUUGAUCAAUUAAAUAAAUAUAUUUAUGAUCAGCAUUCAAUUCAGGGUGGGGUUGUUGAAGAUGGAGUAAAAUUAGAUCAAGAAUUGACACAACCUACUAAAGAAAAUCUGGAAGUUCAAAGUGAAAAGAAAUCACCACUUGAUGAAACUGAUUUGGAUGAUACUAUUGAAUUAGUUAAAUCAAUUGAUAAAUAUCAUGAAAGUCAAUUAUUAAAAUAUGAACAAGAACAAAACCAAAACCAAAUCAGAAAAUUGAAUAAACCUAGAAGAAUUCCUGAAAUUAAAACUCCACUUGGUGUAAAAAUACUUAGUGCAAUAGGUAAUUUUUUAGAAUCAAAUUCAGAUUAUCUUUAUUAUUAUUUAUUUGUAUUUCUUGUUGGAUUAAUUCCCACCAUUUAUUUAGUAAAUAAUUAUUUAAUCCAACCAACACCAACAAUUAUAAUUAAACCACCUACACUAAAUGAUAAAAUUAUAAAUUACUGGAAUAAUUUGAUUUAUGAAGAAACUGAAUUAUCAAAUAAUAAUCAAUAUGGAGGAUUUUUUGGAUUAUAUAAAGAACCCAAAAAAUUUAUAAAAGUUAAUAGAUUUUCAAAAGUGGGUGAAAGUUUGAAAACACAUUUUCAAAAAGAUUUUUUAAAGUUAAAGAAUGUUGGAAAAGAGGUUGAUAAAUUUGUGUUAACUAAUAUCGCACCAAAUUUUCAAAAAUUAAUAAUAAAAACUGAAAAUGGAUUAUUAUUAACUACAAAAAAUUUAAAAAUUUGGAGUAAACAAUUUGAAGAUUUCAGUGGAGUAGAAUUUAAAAAAUUUGAAAAUAUAUCCAAAAAUACAUUCAAUUGGUUAUCAAAGAAUAGUAAAGAUUUGUUUAAUCAAAGAGGAGAAUUUUGUGAUAAAUCUAGAGAAUUUUUAAAUAAUGGUUCAAAAUAUUUUGAAAUAUUUUUAAAUAAUGCAAAUAAAGGUUCCAAAACAUUAUUUAAUUUUUCUAAAAAUUUAAUACAAGAUGAAAAAGAAAAUUUAAAAUCAUUUGUUAAAAAUAUUCAUAAAUCAAGUUAUAAAAUUAAUCAAUUUUGUUCAAAAGAAUACUUAAAUUUUAAAUAUUUAGUAAAUGAAUAUUCACCAAAGUUUCAUAAUUUUAUAAAACAAGAAUCAUCAUUUAUAUAUAAUAGAUCAGUGGUCUUUAAAUCUUUUGUUCAUAAAUGGGUUGUGGAUAAUUUUAAUGGGAAAUUCUCUGAGUCGAUGGCGAGAGAUAAUAAUAGUGUUAUUUACCUAUAA